AUGACCUAUCGCGGCUCCUUACCCCAUGACCAAGGGUCGGGGUUCAAUGGCCAGCACAAUAUGAACAACCAGUAUAUGCAGAACGGCUUCGACGAUGGCUACGAAGCCUGGAGCAGUCUGAACAGCCCACAGCUUCAACCGCAGUACCAGAGUGCCAUGUUCGUCGCGCCCGUCGACUAUCACUCGAACCAGUCGAACCAGCAGUCGCAUAAUCACCACAAUCACCACAAUCACCACCACAAUGCACUCCAGCGGCAGCAGCAGCAGCAACGGCAGCAUAUGCAAACCCAAAACGCAAACUACCAAUUCCAGUCCUACAACCCCUCCUUCGAUCAAAUACCUGCAGGUGGUUAUCAACAGAACAAUGCGAACUCCUCAGCCCAGAUGAUGCCUUCGGCUCAGGCUCAGCAGCCUUUCCAGCAACCGCCUAACCACCAACCAUAUUCCCAAACGAACGACUGGCAGCACAUGCCCCCACCCAUGCCGGUUCCCUCGCCAUCUUUUCAGCAAUCUCAACCUUUGGCUCCAUCCCCGACCCCGACCCCGACCCCGACGCAAAUGCAAAUGCAACAGCAAAACCAGAUACCGCAACGCGUGAACUCUCCCGCCAUGGCGCAGUCGCCCCAGUACGCCGCGCGGGAGCUUGUACCGAACAAUCACAACAGACAUGCGAGUGUCACCACGCGAAUAGACCAGGCGGCCAACCGGGUAUCUGCAAGCCCGCGCUUGACCUCGCACACCGUCACGAGGAGCCCGAGUGUGAGCUCCACUAGAUCGCCCGCCCUGAUGCCCGCCCUCAUUCCGCACCACCACGAUACGAACUCCCUUCUGCUCUGCGUGGCCGAAGAUAUGUUUGCAAAGGCGAAGGAGGGAUGCCAGCGGGUGGCAGAAACUCUCGACGAUCAGAGCCUGCACGAGUACCAAAAGCUUGUUGCCACCGGCCUGGGCUGUUACGAAGUCGCUCUUGGUAGCAAUAAGCUAGCUCCUCGCCUCGAGGCAAUCGUCAGGCUUCGCUAUGCCAAUAUCCUGUGCGAUGAGACAAAUAAUGUCAUGGAGGCCGAGACUGCACUAACCAAGGGAAUCACGCUGUGUGAGAGGAAUCGUUUCGCCGACUUGAAAUAUGGAAUGCAGUUCCUGCAGGUGAAGCUAUUGUUUUCACAGCGAAAGGGGAGAGCAGCCAUGAUCGCCGUAGACGCGCGGAUUCGUGACGCAGAAGUCCUGAAGCAUAUCCAUUGGGUCUAUGCGUAUCGCUUCCUGAAGAGUACAUUCUAUCUGCAAUCUUCCAGUCCAACGGAAACUCAUGCCCUCGAGAACCUGAGAGCAAUCACGACGCUGGCCAGCCAACGAGGCGAUCGUACCAUCUUCGUCGUCGCCUCCCUCAUCGAGGGUCUUAGUCACCUGCGAGUCAUGAAGGAGGAUUCUAUCGUUCGCAUACAAGCUUGUAUCGCCCAAGCCGCAAAAUACCAACUCGAGGAUUCCGUUCAUAUCCUCCAACUCGAUGUUUUGACCCUGAUGCUGGAUCUCGCGUGCAGUCUACACCAAAAAUCAUCAAACGUGAUCGGACAGAAAAUGCAAGCUCUGCAGGACCGUAUGGAUGCGUCCCACAAAGAUACGAGCUGGAGUCUCACGAAUACAGAUAUGUUGCUUCCCAUCCGGAAGCAACCCGGCAACGCACAGAUCAUCAGUGACGAGUCCGGUGGUGUUCUCAGACCUGGUAGUGAGUACGAUUCCAAUGACUACCUUGUCAUGUCGUUCUGGAACAAGCUGGAAGCAUACACGAUAACAUACACGUAUAGUAGCCUCGCGUUCCUGUACCAGCAAAACCGUCAUGAUCCGAGAAUCUUCAUGAUGUGGGAUGAAGCGUUGGGCCAACUACAGAAGACUCACAGCCACAUGAAAGGCUAUCCUCAUACCUUGGAGGAGGCGAUCAGAAACGAAGACUGGCGAAAGGAGGCAAUUUGCUACCUCCACAUACUUCGAGGCCUGCACCACGCAACUUCGACCAAAUGGGACGAAGUAAAGAAGUGUUUGGAUCAGUUGGAGAGCAUGGUCAAACCCGAGCUUGGGAGUGUAAUAACGUUAUACGCCAUGUAUCUUUCGGGGAUAUACCAUCAAGGUACUGGAGAUUUGAACACGGCUGGUGUAAUCUACAGGGACCCAGCUUUCCACCUCGACUUCGACAAUGCGACGCAGGGUCGUCGACGAUCAGCCGAAUUCGAUGUCUCAUUACUAGCGGCCUUCAAUCUGAUAUGGAUCAUGCAGGAGCCUGCCCAUAGGAACGAUGCAGUCACGCUGGAGAUGCUUGAGCAACUUGGUCCGCUCUGCAUAGGUCACCCUAACCUGGAGAUCCGCACAGCGUACAACUUGGUGAUAGCAGCAGUACAAACGAACCCUCCGAUACCGAUGACGACAGUGAAGACGCACCUCUCGACGGCACUGAAUAACGCCAAGAUCUCAGGCGACGUGCAGACGCUCUCUAUCGCCCUCAAUCUUAUGAGAGCCAAGCUUUUCCAGAGCAUCGUGGGCGAUCAAGCGUUGAAAAGCGCAAAGGCUGCCUCGAUGCAGGCGAAGAGGAGCGGAAACACAUUGUGGAUGAGUGUAGCGGACGGGAUGCUCGCGCAGAGCUACGACGUCCAAGGACAGGCGGCCGAGGCCCAGAAGGCGUGGCAAGACGCCACCAACUAUGCAACGCAGGUCUUCCAGGUCGUCAAGACAGAAGAUGAGUGA